AUGGAUUUUACACUCACCUCGCAAAAUGACCACGGUGAUUUACACGAACAGAACGCUGAAACUGAGCAGCUAUUUUACCAAAAUGGACAGCUGACUUAUGCCAACAACAGUAUUUCUCAAAUUCCAAAUUAUUUGAUAGAAAAUUAUUGCAUGACAACAAAAUGCCUGGAUCUGAGUCACAAUCAUUUAAGUGACCUGAGAGGCCUUGAAUGUUUCAUGAAACUUGAGGAGCUAAUUCUUGACAGUAACUGCAUUGAUGAUAACACAAAAUUCCCUAAACUAAAUUGGCUCCAAACAUUAACUUUAAACAAGAACAAAAUCAACAACUUAGAAAAUUUAAUAUGCAAAGUGAAAACAGCUUUUCCCAGCCUAAAAUAUCUCAGCCUCCUUGGAAAUGGUGCCUGUCCAAAUGAAUUGUCCUGUUUGGAGAAUAGUGCAAGUGAUUACCAGAGAUACAGGUAUUAUGUUCUCUCUGAAUUGCAACAUCUCAAGUUUUUAGAUUCUUCUCCUGUCCGAACCUCAGAAAUAAAAGAAGCUGUGAGAAUUGGGAGGCUGAUGAAAAUCGCCAAGCCAAUCAUGACUCAGGAAAUUGAUUCUAAUAGUACAGAAUCACCAUUUCACCCUCUCCCAUCCACAGUCUAUAAUGAAAAUCCCAAAGUGAGGUUUGGCAAAAGCAAAUAUGUCUACUUUGGUCAACAUUCUGAAGGUAACCGUUACAUCAAAAACCGAGAUUUAUGA